UUUUGUUAUAUUAAUUUAAUUUUAAAGUUGUAGUUUGACAUAAAAAAAAUUAAAUGCUUUAGUUAUGAUAUAAAUUUUACUGUAUUGAAACUGGCCAAAUCCGCCUGUUAUGAUUCAUUUUUAACAGCUGCAGUGGCAAAUUGACUCUAAUUGGCACAAUCAUUUUGUAUUGCGCAGUUUUCCCCGCUGGUCUACAUACAAAUGUAGUUGAUGUUUGCAAGGCAAUGCAUCUGUGAAUAUGAAUGUCCCUCAGAAUUUUUCAAAAUAUUAUGCUUUUGUGAACAUAAUUAAGACCAUAUUAGUUUUUUACGGUUUUGUUAUAUUAAUUUAAUUUUAAAGUUGUAGUUUGACAUAAAAAAAAUUAAAUGCUUUAGUUAUGAUAUAAAUUUUACUGUAUUGAAACUGGCCAAAUCCGCCUGUUAUGAUUCAUGUUUAACAACUGCAGUGGCAAAUUGACUCUAAUUGGCACAAUCAUUUUGUAUUGCGCAGUUUUCCCCGCUGGUCUACAUACAAGUGGUGUAGUUGAUGUUUGCAAGGCAAUGCAUCUGUUGAUCUUCAGCGAGUACGAAGGUGAAGGUCUAUAAUGAUUACGCAAACGAAACGGACGUUAGACAGUUUCGUCGCCAGUUGCGUCAGGUGUUAGUACUUAUCACAAAAGACCUGUUGACUUCGCGAUACACGCAUCAAGGCCGCGGGCGCAAGUAUGUGCGGUGCUAGGUGCGACACUGUUAGCGUUGUUCAACCAUGGAGUUCGUGACCGGUGGCGCGGCGUCCCUGGGCGCCACGGUGUUCACCAACCCUCUGGAGGUGGUCAAGACCCGGCUGCAGCUGCAGGGGGAGCUGCGGGCCAGAGGGAUGUACGCCGUGCACUACCGGGGGUUCUUCCACGCCUUCUACGCCGUGGCGAAGGCAGACGGACUGCUGGCCCUGCAGAAGGGCUUGGUGCCGGGGCUGUGGUUCCAGCUCGCGCUCAACGGCACGCGGCUGGGGAUGUACCAGGUCGCUGACAACAAGGGGUUGACUCGCAACGAAGCUGGGCGGGUGUCUGUCCCGAAAUCCGCACUGACGGGUGCUGUUGCUGGCUGCUUUGGGGCAUUUGUUGGAAGCCCAUUUUAUCUAGUGAAGACUCACCUGCAGGCCCGAGCAGCCGGCGCCGUGGCGGUCGGCUUCCAGCACAGGCACGCCAACAUGGUGCAGGGGCUCCGGGAGAUCUACGGGCAGCACAGCGUGCUGGGGCUGUGGAGGGGGGCCGUGGCGGCCAUGUACCGCGUCUCCGUGGGCUCCACCGUGCAGCUCGCCGUGUUGAGCUUCUCCAAGCAGUGGCUCGAAGGAUACACGGUAUUCAGAGAAUAUGUGCUGUUGAAAACAUCGGCAGCUAGCUUAGCGAGUGGUACAUCAAUGACUGUCUUCAUGACACCCUUUGAUGUUGUAUCAACACGUAUGUACAAUCAAGGGGUGGAUGCGGAGGGCCGAGGACUGCUCUACAAGAGCGUGGGAGACUGCUUCGUGAAGAUCUGGCGCAGCGAGGGCCUCCACGGCCUCUACAAGGGCUUCGUGCCGAGCUGCGCCCGCGUCGUCCCGCACUCCGUGCUCAGCUUGGUGUUCUGGGACGCGCUCAAAGACCUGGAGAAGAGCGUUCGCCGCUCCUAUGGCGGACAAAAAAUGUCACAUUCCAGGGGGCAGGCAUGCAGGAAGGUAGCGACUGGGGUUGAUGACAGCAGCAACGCGAAGACUCGUCAUAAACACCUAGACAGAAUGGAUGUGCUGCCGUAUAUUCUUUGCAGCGAUCAGGUACCAGAGCUCCUGAGGUUCUCAAGGCAGGGUGAUCCCGCAAUGGUUGUCCACUGCCUUCCACAGCUUAAAGGUGAGCCGUUGCCUGGAUGGAGACAGCCGUGCUACCGCCUGGCCGUGCCCAGGACUCCACACGGGGCGUGCUUCCCAGGGGAAUGUAGCCCCGGACUCGUGUUUCCCGGCCCCAGCAGGGCGACGGCUGCCACGGAAAUUAUAACAACUAUGACAAUAACUUCAACAGUGAUUUCGACGAAAAUUACUGAGCAGCCUUGCAGUGCUACGCCAUGUUAAGGUGUUCAGACACCAGUGUGCAAUUCUGAAUGGAGAUAUUGUAAGAAUGUCGAUUGUACAUAACCUCGCAGUUUUGUCAUCCUUGAAAAUAACUUUUUUUUUUUAAAUUAAAAAAAAAUUGUAUUACAAAAAUAUUGAAACAGUGUUAUUUAUUUUUAAGCACUUACCAACAUUUUUUUUGUCAAAGCCAUGUCCAAAUAAACAUACACAAAUUCUUGUGACAAACAACUUCCUAAAAGGUAAUUAAUAAUUUAGUGUGGUUUUAAUAAUAAUUUUCUAAUGUACACUCUGCUUAUAUAACUUGUGAGUUGUAUUUUAAUGUAAAAUUAUUUAAGAACAUAUUUAUAGACUGUUACUGUUCAUUAUAAAAUGUAAAAGGAAGUCGUGUAAAAUAAAGGAAAUUACUUAAUGCA